GAUGAUGAUUACUCAUGAAAUCACACCCUUGUGGAAAAGCCAGUCUCAAUACCUAUAAAUACCUGGAAUCCCUGGAAGGCGACUUAACUCCCUCCCUUCCCUCCCCCUCCAGCCUUGCAUUCUGGGGGAACGGAAUCUUUCAAUAAUCGUUGUCAUGAUGAAUCACCCUACAGAAGGGGAUUGACUCUGUCGGUACAGUACUCUUGCUAUGAAUAACUACACUAGCUAUCAGACUAUACAUGCAGUAGAUCGGUCGAUAGGGCAUGUACUGUACAUACUGUACAUACAUACGAGACGAUACCAUACAGCAGCCCAGCAUUUCUGUCCCCAUCACUACUCAGUGAAAAGUGGAUGCUGCUGCUGCUGCAUGCACGUCCAACCGACAGAGAAGAGGUGUCUAGAGAUAUCGCCUACCAACCAGGUUAUACAUAGUUAUCUCUACUGCGUACAGUACCGAGGAUACUGGCUACUCCAUACUUCCGGUAUGGCGACAACGAAAAAAAAGACCAAGGACCCUGGAGCUAGAAAGGCCAAAACGGAUUCAACCCUAUAUGGGAAGAGGGAGGGGGGGCCAGAGGACAGGGACAGGGACAAGGAAGAGAAGGGGAAGGGGGGGCGCGGACAACCGGCGUGAAACCAACUAUGAGUAAUGGAUCGCGCGUAGAAAAACUUGGCACUGCCAAAUCUCCCGUCCAAAAAGUAGGCCAAAACAGUAGAAAAGAAAGAGGAUCCUUAAGGUGUGCACGGA